AUGGGGAAGGUGGCGGUGGGAUUGGCAGUUGGGGUGGCGGUAGCGGCGUGUGCGGUGGCGACGGUGGUGGUCGGUCGGAGAAUAAGGAGCAGACGGAAGUGGAGAAGAGUGGUUGGGGUUUUGAAGGAACUCGAGCAGAGCUGUGAAACCACAGUGGGGAGGUUGAGGCAGGUCGUGGACGCUAUGGCUGUGGAGAUGCACGCAGGUUUGGCUUCUGAUGGUGGCUCCAAGCUCAAAAUGUUACUCACUUUUGUGGAUAAACUCCCCAAUGGGAGUGAGAAAGGAACUUACUAUGCGCUAGAUCUUGGGGGUACUAAUUUUAGGGUCUUACGGGUUAAGCUAGAAGGCACGAGGUCCUCUACCUUGGAACAUGAUGUAUAUCGACAAGCAAUUCCUCAAGAUUUGAUGACUGGCUCAAGCGAGGAUCUUUUUGAUUUUAUUGCUUCAUCAUUAAAGGAGUUCGUUGAAAGAGAAGGUGAUAUUUCUGAGCUUUCAUUGGACAGAAGAAGGGAGCUUGGAUUCACAUUCUCUUUUCCCGUGAAACAAAUGUCCGUGUCAUCAGGCACUUUAUUAAAAUGGACAAAAGGGUUUUCCAUUGAAGACAUGGUUGGAAGAGAGAUUGCAGAAUGCUUAGAGAAUGCAAUGACCAGGAAAGGCCUAAAUAUGAGGGUUGCAGCACUUGUCAAUGACUCUGUGGGAUCAUUAGCACUUGGACAUUAUCAUGACACAGACACUGUUGCUGCAGUGAUAAUUGGAACGGGUACUAAUGCCUGUUAUUUGGAAAGGACAGAUGCUAUAAUUAAGUCUCAAGGGCUUCUUACAACAUCUGGAGGCAUGGUUGUCAACAUGGAAUGGGGAAAUUUUUGGUCAUCUCAUUUACCAAGGACUCUGUAUGAUAUUGAAUUAGAUGCUGAUAGCCCCAAUCCGAAUGAUCAGGGUUUUGAGAAAUUGAUAUCAGGAAUGUACCUAGGUGAUGUUGUGAGGAGAGUGAUUGUCAGAAUGUCACAGGAGUCAGAUAUUUUUGACCCUAUUUCUUCCAAGUUAUCAAUGCCUUUUAUUUUGAGGACACCAUUGAUUGCUGCAAUGCAUGAAGAUGACUCUCCUGACUUGGAAGAAGUACGACGUAUCUUAAGAGAUAACCUGGAGAUUCCGGAUGUUCCUCUGAAGGUUCGAAAGCUCAUAGUCAAGGUGUGUGAUGUUGUGACCCGUAGGGCUGCUCGAUUGGCAGCUGCUGGUAUUGUGGGGAUCUUGAAGAAGAUUGGUCGGGAUGGGAGUGGUGGAAUCGCAGGUGGAAGAAGUAGAAGUGAUCAGAAAAUGAGGAGGACGGUUGUGGCAAUGGAGGGGGGUUUGUAUACAGGUUAUACAAUGUUUAGAGACUACUUACAUGAAGCAUUGACUGAAAUAUUAGGGGAAGAUAUUGCCCAACAUGUCAUAAUCAAGGUCACUGAAGAUGGAUCAGCCAUGGGAGCAGCUCUCCUGGCUGCUUCAAAUUCGUCUUACCCUGUGGAUAGCGUACAGUUGCUAUAA